AUGGCAUAUGAUCGGUAUGUAGCCAUUUGCCACCCACUGCACUAUGAGAUGGUGAUGAAUUGGAAAGCCUGCACUGAAAUAAUCAUUCUAGUGUGGGUUUCAGGUCUUAUCUGUGGAAUCCUACAUACAAUUGGCACUUUUUCAGUCCCUUUUUGUUCUAAUGUUGUCAACCAAUUUUUUUGUGAAAUUCCACAAUUGAUAAAACUAUCCUGUUCUGGCUUCAAUCUAGUUGAGGUUGGAAUUGUUGUGGUCAACAUCAUUGCUGCACUAGGCUGUUUUACUUUUAUUUUCAUAUCUUAUGCAGUGAUCUUCAAGACAGUAUUGAGAAUCCCUUCUGAGCAAGGAAGACAAAAAGCUUUAUCCACUUGCAUUCCCCACUUUAUAGUAGUGUCUGUGUUAGUAUUAAGUGUAUGUUUUGCCUAUCUAAGACCUCCCUCUAACACUUCAUCUCACUUAGAUUUUGGAUCAACUAUUCUCUAUUCUCUUUUUCCACCCCUGUUCAAUCCAAUCAUCUAUAGCAUGAGAAAUCAGAAUAUAAAAUAUGUUCUUUCUCAGUUGUGGAGGUUCUGA